UGAUUUCUCGAAGAACGCGCGGCAUGGACCAUGGAGCAAAGGACAUGGCCGCUUAGACACUGCAAGCAGUGAAUACAGCUCAUUAUGGACCGAUUUCUGCUUUGCUUAAUCUGAUCAACAAACCAGAGAUCCCAGAAGAAGAAUCUUCCACUGAGUAUUCUUUCUUCUUCUUCUUCUUCUUCUUCUUAUCACCGACACUUUACUUACAUAAAGAUAAAGCGCGGGCGCGCACAAAAAAGAAAAAAAAAGGAGAGAGAAUAAAAGAAAGAGUGAGACUUUUCAGAGAGAAAGCGAGGGAGAUGUCUUAGUUCUGUUUCUUUCAUCUUGUUUGGCAAGAUUUCUUCUUACAGUCCCACUUCUUUUUUCUUCUCCUUAGAGCUUCCUUAUUAUUGGAUUGGGUAUCAGAGAGUGUUUUGUGUCUGUUUCUGCUACACAGAGAUGGGUGACCAUAGAAUAAGUAUAUGGUCUUUCAUGGGGGUGGCCUUGCUAGUGACCUGCAUCAGUGGAGAAGACCCUUAUAGAUUUUAUACAUGGAAUGUAACCUAUGGUUAUAUCUAUCCGCUUGGAGAGAAGCAACAGGGGAUUUUAAUAAAUGGGCAAUUUCCAGGGCCACAGAUUGAGUCAGUCACCAAUGAUAAUUUGAUUAUCAAUGUUUUCAACAGCUUGGAUGAACCUUUCCUCAUUUCUUGGAAUGGUGUGCAACAGAGAAGGAAUUCUUGGCAAGAUGGAGUCUAUGGCACCAACUGUCCUAUCCCACCUGGGCAGAACUUCACUUAUGUGCUCCAAGUGAAGGAUCAGAUUGGUAGCUACUUCUACUUCCCUUCCCUUGGCAUGCACAAGGCUGCAGGAGGCUUUGGUGGCUUCAAAAUUGCAAGCCGAUCUGUCAUUCCUGUACCAUUCCCUCCUCCUGCUGGUGAUUUCACCAUCCUAGCGGGUGAUUGGUUCAAGAGAAAUCACACUGAUUUGCGAGCAAUUCUAGAUGGUGGAACUGAUCUUCCCUUCCCUCAUGGCCUGCUUAUUAAUGGUCGUGGAUCAAACGGAUACACAUUUACGGUGGAUCAAGGUAAGACUUACAGGUUCCGGAUAUCAAAUGUGGGGCUUACCACUUCCUUAAAUUUCAGAAUCCAAGGGCACAAGAUGUUGCUGGUGGAGGUUGAAGGAACUCACACUCUCCAGAACACUUAUGACUCCCUUGACAUUCAUUUGGGGCAAUCUUAUUCUGUGUUGGUUACAGCUGAUCAACCAGCACAAGAUUACAAUAUUGUCAUCUCAACCCGAUUCACUACCCAAGUGCUUACCACAACCUCCAUUCUUCAUUACAGCAAUUCAGCAGGAAGUGUUUCAGGUCCUCCCCCUGGUGGACCAACUACUCAGAUUGACUGGUCUCUCGAGCAAGCUCGAUCUCUCAGGCGGAAUCUGACUGCGAGUGGCCCUAGACCUAACCCCCAAGGCUCUUACCAUUAUGGAUUGAUCAACACAACGCGAACGAUUAGAUUACAAAGCACUGCUCCAAUCAUUAACAGCAAGCAGAGAUAUGCUGUAAAUAGUGUGUCCUUCAUUCCUGCUGAUACUCCUCUUAAACUUGCAGACCACUUCAAUAUAGGUGGAGUGUUUUCCCUCGGAAGCAUUCCUGACAACCCCACAGGUGGUGGUGCUUACCUCCAGACUUCUGUCAUGGCUGCUGAUUUCAGAGGUUAUGCUGAGAUUGUUUUUGAGAAUCCAGAAGAAACUGUGCAGUCAUGGCACAUUGAUGGACACAACUUUUUUGUUGUUGGGAUGGACGGUGGGCAAUGGACACCAGCAAGCAGAUUAAGUUAUAAUUUGAGAGACACAAUUUCUCGAUGCACUGUUCAGGUCUAUCCCAAGUCAUGGACUGCAGUUUACAUGCCUCUGGACAAUGUGGGUAUGUGGAAUGUGAGGUCUGAGAACUGGCCCCGCCAGUAUUUAGGGCAACAAUUCUAUCUUCGUGUCUUUUCACCGGCAAAUUCAUGGAGAGAUGAAUAUCCAAUCCCAGGAAAUGUUCUUCUUUGUGGUCGGGCUGCAGGUCGUCAGAUUAGGCACAUAUGAUCAGCACACAGCAGGAUUGAUAGACUGUCAAGAAUGGUUGACAUAGUCCUGAGCUAAAUUUAGGAGUGCAGAGUUUUAGUGAAAACUUAAAGGGGCUUCACUUGAGCCAAUUUUACUAGAUUUUAUAUUUUAUGAAUCAUCUGUUUCUAGAAUUCAUCUCAUACUUUAUUCCCAGAUUGUUUCUUCAUUACUUUAUUUGAAUCCUUAUGUGAUAUUAUCACUAUUGAUAAUUUGGUA